GCAGAAGGAUAAGGUGUGAUGAUAGCAAAAGUAGCGCGAAGGGCGAGUGAUUAGGGAUUACACAAGAAUGAAUACUUCUUCUCUCUCCUUCCUUCACAGGACCGCCCGCCACACCCGCAUCAGGAAGAAGGUUGAAGGGACACCAGAAAGGCCACGAUUGUCCGUGUUCCGAUCCAACAAGCAUCUUUCUGUCCAGGUCAUAGAUGACACCAACAUGCACACUCUUGCUUCGGUUUCAACAAUGCAGAAGGCAGUUUUUGAAGAGUUCAACUACACAGCUGGUCCUACAGUUGAAGUAGCAAAGAGGGUUGGUGAAAUCAUUGCAAAGUCCUGUCUGGAGAAAGGGAUUACAAAGGUGGCCUUCGACCGAGGUGGAUACCCGUACCAUGGUCGUGUUCAAGCACUCGCAGAUGCAGCUCGCGAACAUGGCCUAGAGUUCUAAAAUGAUUAUGCACUUGCCAUGUAGUUCAUUUUGAAGUUUGUUACUUAAUGAUUUAACAAUUAGAAAGUCUAGGGAACAAUCCUAUAUGCGGCCAAGCAGCCAACUUUUCAACA